CUAUGCGGAAACYUGACCAACGGAGAACAAAACAUCAUUUCAAAGACAACGUUGAUUACAACCAAAAAUACUURGAUCUUCAAAAAUCCAAAAAAAAUCAAAUUCUCAUCUUAUUCAGCAUGUUUUCCAGGGAUGUUUUCCAGGCAYUUUUUCUGUUCCUGAGGGCUUCGUUCACAAUAAUUUAUUUGGUUGUAAUCAGUCAGGAUUUUUGCUAGAAGUGUUCUCUUUCAAUGUGCCUCGAGCAAUAACGAAACCAGCACACUAUCAUACUCAAAAUCCAACCACCAAGACAAAACCAUGGCACCAGCAACAACAAAAUUCCGCAAACUCUUCCUCCUCGUUUCCACGGCGGUGCUCCUUGUUGUGCACGUCGCACAUGGAUCAGCGCAUGGGCUGAGACACAAGAGAACCGAAGAAUUGAUCACGGAAGAYAGCCAUGCRGCUACCGAUGGAAAUCCUCCYAGGUUUGCGACGAACGGUGCCCCGAUCAGGGGCACGGUGGAACGUGCCUUAAAGACAGAAAAGAGGUACAGCAAGAAGGAAAAAUCCACAAAGAAUAGCCAGAAGGAGUCCAACAUGUACAAGUCCAACAAGAGCAACAAGUCGGAAAAAUCCAAGGGUAGCAAGACGGAAAAAUCCGACAAGUCCAACAAAACGGUCAAGUCCGCAAAAGGAACCGUCCAAGACGGGUAAGUCCGUAAAGGAACCUCCCAAGACGGGAAAGUCCGUGAAGGAACCGUCCAGGAAAGACAAGCUGUCCAAAAAGAGUGGCAAAUCCAGCGAACCAUCUAGCAAGCCCACGAGCGCGCCUUCUCUCGAUCCUCCACCCGAGCCAAACUCGGCCGUUCCUGA